AUGGCAGGACUCGGAUACCUCAUUCCUGGGCUCAUCUUGGGUCUGGGAAGCAGCGUCUCUGCAUCUCCUUUGGUAGCCGGGCCUAUGAACUCCACAUUUACAAACGUCACUUCCAACCCCCACUUCAGUAACUAUACCAGCACCAAGACCAUCUUGAGUACCGCCACUAUCUACAACGCGGCAAGCACCAAUGCAGUCGUUGUUGCAUCCAUUGGCGGACAACAGUCAGGCUCUUCCUCUGGCGCCUCUAACAGCCCUGCUCAUGGGUCUGACUCCGGUUCCUAUGCUGGUGUAGCUUUCGGCUCGUCGGCUGCAUCUUCUGCUGUUGUGGUCCACGUCGAUUCACAAGCAAAGUCUCCUGCAAGUUCAGACGCAUUCCAAACCGUAAUUGUCACCCAGACGGUUGCUGGUUGUGGUAUCCCUACCUCCUCCUCGACUGCCAACCAUGCUCCAUUCGCAGCCGCCUUGUCUUCCACUACUCCACAGUAUGCUGCCGCCAUCGUCCAACCUGCCGUUCAUUGGGACUUUCCCCUUGACAACCUCGACAACCUGAUUCCUUCCAAGAAUGCCAACCUCUACUAUGGUCUUGCUGACCCCAAGGUUGAACAUCCCUUUGCUUCCGUGGUCACUGACAUGACUCACGAUACUGUCGUCCUCGAUCACUCUUCGUACAUCUCUGGUACUUCUUGUUCUGAAGAGGGCAUUCUUGUUUCUUUCACCAGUACACAAGCCUUCAACUUGGCUUGCGACAGCUGGUCGACUGUUUCUACUGGACUUGUACUCUCUACAUUCUCGGAUGGAUGUCAUGGGGAUUCCGAGGACCAGCGAACUUUCUGGUUGAUUGCCUCUCUUACCUUCGAUAAGAAGACUCUGACCAUCAAAGCCUUUGUCAGUGCGGAGCUUGAUAUCGCGCAACUAUUCGAACAAGUAGACCUUGUCUGGGGAAGUUACAUCCCCGCAAGCAGUGGUAUCCCUGCUAUUGGAGGUAGCUCGACCUCUGCCGGAGGUGCCAAGUCUACUUCUGCCUCGACUUCUGGUGCCAGCUCAGGCGCUGGUUCUACUACCAGAAGCGGCGCUGUGCCAACCAGUACUUCCGCGGGUAACGCCACCCUCAACGGAUCUGGCUGCGGAGCUGCUCCCUCAUCUGUCAUUGACGGCCUGCCCGCAAUUGACUGCGGUGAUGCGGAUUUCGAUUCUCGCCUUGAUGACCGCAUCGGAUACCUUGAUACAACCUCCAGCAACUAUGCCUCUAGUAUUGAAGAGUUCGUUCCGGACGUUGAUUUCAGCUCAGAAGAUCUUCAAAACGAUAACGCAGACCUUACUCGUCGUGACAUCGUCCGUCUACAGAAACGCGCUUGGUAUGAGUGGCCAAAGAAGGCAAUCAAGAAGGUUGGCAGCGUCAUCGUGACAGGAGCUCAAAAAGCCGGCAACGUCAUCAAAGCAGGCGGAGAGAUUUUGGUCACUGUGGCCUCAGGUACUGGUAAAAUAUUAGUCGCAGGUGUACGCUCUGUGCCUAUAGUCGGCACAGGCUUGGACCAGCUCACUGGUGGCGCUCUCAAAGACCUUUCCGACUUCAACCCCUCUAUCGGUGGAUCUCAAGAAUUCAACUACGGUCCUCAAGCCUCUGUCGACUCACCUUGGGGUAAGGCAGCAUCUAUCUACUCCAAGCAGAAGGACUUCAAGGGCGACAAAGGCAAUGUCGCUGUCGAUCUAUACUGUGUCGACUGCGGAGUCAAAGGCAAGGUCUCUAUGGCUGGCCAAGCAAAGUGGAACGCAAAGGAUGGCCUCCAGUCUCUCAACGCCGGCAUCAACGCCAAUAUCGAAGCUGGUAUUCAUCUCGGUCUGGUCGCAUCUGCGUCUUACAAGGACGAGAAGUCCAGCAAGAUCAUCAACCAGCCUCUUCCUGAAGUCGGUGUCUCUGUCGGCAAGCUUUUCACCGCUGGUGUUUACCUGAGUGUUGAUGCUAAGGCUGCUAUUGAUGUCAGCGCGGAGGGUCAAGUACUUGUUGGUGUCGUCAUGACCAUUCCCAACUUCGAGGCCAAGCUCAAUCUCCUCGAUGCAUCAAGCUCGACGAAGUCCUCUGUGACUGGCUUCACACCUACCUUCAAGGAAAGAUUCGAGGCUAAGGGCAAGGUUGGUGCCCAACUCACUCUGAGCCUACCCAUCGCUAUCAAUGCUGGUAUUGAGAUUCCUCCUCUCAACAUGAAGAGAGUAUUGGCCUUGAUUGAGGAGCCUAGUGUCUACGGCAACCUCACUCUUGCCGCAAGCACGGCAAACUCUGAAGUCGCUAGUGAAACCUGCAACAACGGUAUCGAGUACUUUGCUAAUCUUCAGAACGAUGUCAAGCUUGAUUUCCUUGGCCUCAAGACCUUCAAUCUCCACCACUACGACUCCAAACCUCUCUUGCAGGGAUGCAAGAAGUUUGACGGCUCAAAGGCAACGUCCAAGGUCUCCUCCGCUAUCUCUUCUGAGGCAACAUCCGAGGCCUCUUCUGAUGCGACAUCUGCUACCACUGACGCCAGCUCUGCACUCACUACUGCUGCCAGCACCGCUAUCACGAGCCCGGUCUCGACUGCUGUUGCUACCACUGGAGCCACAAGCGCUGCUACCACUGAUGAACCUUCGGCCACCAGCAAUGCUUCCGAGCCUACAGCUACCAGUGACGAGUCCGAACCCACUGCCACCGACGAGCCUACUAUCACCGAUGGCGCGGACACACCAGUUGAGACUGACUCGCCCGAGCCAACCACAACUGAUGGUGCUGAGACUCCUGAGGCUACGGACGACGCAUCUCCCUCGCCAACUGACGAUGAGACUACUUCGGCACCAACUGAGGCGCCCACUCCGGACACUGGCGAGAGUGCUUCCGAUGAGAGCCUCCAAAGACGCCAUGCUCGUAGCUUCUUGACUCGUCGCCAGGACAACACUACCUCGGUUGAUGAUUCAGCUACUGACGACGACGACGAGAACUACGUCUUCGACGAUGAAAACAACUAUGUCGAGGACUUCAACAACGAUGUCGCUACAGCCGCUGACCUUGCCGAUGAUGCGAUCGGUGACUACUCCGAAGACCCCGAUAACACCGCCUUCCUUGAGAACACUGCAAAAGCACUCGAACUGGCGUCUACUCCUGACGCGCCUACCAACGCCAACUACACACAGCUCAUCAACGUCCAAAAGACUCUGAUCGUCGUACCCAGCACCAACGGAAACCUUUACGCCGCAACUUACAGUGAGGAACUGAUCCAAACGAACGGAGCACUCUUCGGAAACUACGACAACGCAAUCUUCGGUGACGACAGCGGCCGCAUUCUCCACUUCCACCCAGAUGAAAUGAAGGUCUACGGUGCCAGUCGCCUGCGUCUGAGCGACGAGGACAGCAUUCCCAAAACCGCUGAUUUCAUCACCAUGACUUUGGAAGAUGUCGAGGAUAACGGAUCGGCCUACUUCGCUGCUGAUACAUAUGGCAAUUUGUACAAUAUCGUCAUGUGCAAUUUCGCCAACAAUGCUGUCAGCAAACUUUUCGUUGUCAAUGGACAAGAUGGUUUGGACGCCUUGACCAGUAACCCGAACGUCAGGUUCACUGUUACUGGCGCCCCUGUUCAAGACUGCUACCCUCUGGCUCUUAUUGAUGCCCCUGCAGCUUGAACGCUAUGAGCCAACAUGCUCUGAUCUUCCACAUCUCUUUCUUCUGAUCAACGUCUUAACCUUUUCUUGUUUCUUAUGUC